AUGACGAACCUACACCGCCUGGGAUUCCACUACUUCCUCCUGCAAAUCCACCAAGUCCUCCACUGUUGCCCCACGGGUAUCCUGUAUUUCCACCCGGAAAUACACCGCGAUUGCCAGGGAAACCGGAAUUGCUGCCUGGAAAUCCUCCACCGCUGUUGUCGUUGAUUCCUUAUCGUUCACAACCUUCAUGUAGUCGUCAAAAUACUUCGUAAGCUUUGGCAUCAGAUCCUUGACGGAUUUCUUAAAGUUUUCGUUUUCCUUUUCGAUUUCAUCAGCAAACAGUUGGUACUCCUUUCCGAUAAUUUGGCCAUAGGCCCACGCAGCUUCCAUGGAGAGUUUGUUCAAAAAAUUCUCAUUGAUUCCUCUUAUGGUAUUGAUGUUCUGAAUCUGAUCCAAUAA